AAAUAGAAACUUUCUCAAAGCCAUGCAAAAGAUUCCACACUGUACAGUCCACAGUCCUCCCUUUCCCCUGCCAUACUUGUACUAGCAACAAAAUGGUCCCAACAACGCACCAUUUUCAUAAGGGUAACUGUAAAACUCACCAUUGUUUCGCAUGCUACGAUCACCACCUUCUUAUAAUCACAUGAAGACAAACACCAUUUGAUCUUCAUCUGUCCAACAAAUCACACGAAUCUCUUUCUCUCUCUAUAACGUUAUCAGUAGCUUUCCCGCUUUUUUGAACCGUUCUUUUAGGCCGUUAAACCUUUCACUUCUUUUAGUCAAAAAUAUUAUGAAAGAGGAGAGAGAAUAUGUCAGAUGUAUCUGACACACCAAUGAUUUGGUACACAUUUUUCACUUUACUAUAAAACUGGGUACCCUUUUUUUUCUGGGUAGUAAGAAAUUCAACUGAAGUUUUUUUUUUCUUAGGGAAGAAGAAGAAAGAGUGCAGAAUAAGUGUUUGAUAAAAUGAGUCACUUAAACAGAGCAUUAGAGUGUUUAAGACCAUUAAUUUUAGAUUCUAAUACUUGGGAUUAUUGUGUUCUUUGGAAACUUGGUGAUGAUCCUUCAAGGUUCAUUGAGUGGAUAGGUUGUUGCUGUAAUGGAGGUGGGAAACAAGAGAUUGGGUUGAAAAAGAGGAAUAAGGAUAAGUGUAACUCAAUUCAAGUUUGCAGGGAUGUGAAUUUUGUUCAUUUGGCAAACACAAAGUCAUGUGAAGCUCUUGCAAAAUUGCCACUAUUUCUGUCUGUUUAUUCUGGGCUUCAUGGAGAAGUUGCUAUUUCAUGUCUACCUCGGUGGCUUACUAUUGAUUCGACGAAAUCGACUCAGGAAUCCUGUGGAACCCAUGUUUUAAUCCCUGUGUUUGGUGGUCUGGUAGAGCUGUACUCAUCAAAGCUUAUAGAAGAAGAUGAAAGCAUAAUAGAAUAUGUGAAGUCUCAAUUUACGAUCAAGUCAGAGCUAGAAACCAUGUCCACUUCUACUAUAAGUUUCGAUGAGCAGUCCAUUGAUCCGGUUUUUGAUAGAAGCACAAAUAUUUGUCUAUCUUCUCUAAAUCAAUCCAACAUCCUAGCUUGGCCUCAACAACCCCUGAUCCAAAUAGCCCCUCUCUACAGCGAUUCCACUUUAGAUGUAUCUUCCACUGGCUCGUUUCCUUCAGAUGAACGUCCUUCUCCUGAUUCCAACUGGUCUUCUGUGUCCCAUGAUAUACCCUUACAGCCGGUUACUGCCUGUCAUGAAGAUUCCAUCAUUCUGAAGAACAAAAUGGACAGUAGACUCAAGCCAGAGCGAGGACAUUGCAAAUCAAAGAAUCUUUUAACUGAGAGGAAUAGGAGACAGAGGAUUCACGAUGGCAUCCUCUCCCUUCGUGCUCUGGUCCCAAAGAUCACCAAGAUGCACAAAGCAGCAACUCUGUCAGAUGCAAUUGAUUAUAUUUUAGAGCUAAAUAAUGAGAUCAAGGAACUCCAGAGUGAGCUUAGAAGUUUGACUGAAGAAGAAGACUGUGACGAAAACAAUAUAUUGAAGCUGGAAACUUCCCAUUUGGAUGCAAAAGUCAGCAAGCCUAAACAAGCUAACUCCCCUCUCACAGAAAGGCCAAAUCUGGAGGUCGAUGUACAAGUGAAUCAGCUUGGAAUAGGGAACUUCUUGGUGAAAAUUGUAUGCCAGCAACAACCUGGUGUGUUUACAAAGUUGCUUGAAGCUUUAGGUUCUUUAGGUUUACCCAUACAAGAUGCCAAUCUUACGACGUGUGAUGGCAAAGUAUCAACCAUUUUCACAGUACAGUCGAACAAGAAAGAGAUUCAAGAGCAAGACUUGAGGGACUCACUGGCAAGAAUGAUACCUUAAAACUUCGCUCGCACUAGAAGAUUAGAGCAUAUAUAUUCAGCCAACUUUUGAUCCUUGAUGCUUGUUGUUAAAAGUUAAUGUUACUUGGUUAACCUUUUGCUCUUCUCUUCCUUUAGUAGCUAGUUCUUCGUUAGACUUACCGCACGCUUUAGCUUUGUUGCCUUUGUAUAUAUUGGUUGUCAUUCCCAGAGUUUAAUCACUUGUUAUGAAUGUACUUAAAAUUACAACCUUACUAA